AUGGGUUAUGAUAUCGUCCGUUUUGUUGGAGAAGUAGAUGAAGAGCUUCUUUGUCCCAUAUGUACUGGAGUACUACAGGACCCAGUCCAAGCUCCUGCAUGUGAACACGCAUUUUGCAAAGGUUGUAUACUCGAAUGGCUGUUAAGACAAUCCACAUGUCCAGUUGACAGACUUUCCGUUAAUGUUCUUCAGUUGCGACCGGUACCACGAAUUUUAAAAAAUCUACUAAACAGGUUAUAUAUUAUUUGUGAAAAUUCAAAUUAUGGAUGCCAAAGUGUUGUCAAAUUGGAUACAUUAGACUCUCAUUUAUCCGAAUGCGAAUAUAAUCCUAAAAGACCAUUUCCUUGUGAACAAGGAUGCGGUUUAAUCAUACCAAAAGAUGAACAUAAGGAUCAUAACUGUGUAAAAGAACUGCGAGAAUUAGUACAAAAGCAACAACAAAAAAUAAAUGAAAUGCAUCAAGACAUGGCUACGUAUAGAUAUGAAAUGACUGGAAUCAAAGAUGAAAUGAGAAUUUUGAAGGGUUAUGUGCGAGCCUUACGUGUUUGCAAUCCAAGUGUAAGGGCUGUAACUGAUGAGUUGGAAAGAGAUGAAAUCGAGCGCUGGUCAAGUUCACUUCCUCAAGCUAGAGUUACUCGCUGGGGAGGAAUGAUUUCUACGCCCGACGAAUACCUUCAAAAUAACAUAAAACAAGCACUUAUUGAAAGUGGUUGUCCUGCUCACAUCCUAGAUGAUCUCGUUAAAAACUGCCAUGAACGAAAUUGGCCAUCCGGACUAUCAAGUCUAGAAACUAGACAACACAAUAGAAGACACUAUGACCGAUAUAACUGCAAGCGUAUACCUGGAAAACAAGCUGUCAUUGUUUUGCCUUGUGAUAAUAUUAUGGUUAGUGAUGACAUGAUGUCUGAACCGGGUCUCAUCAUGAUUUUUGCUCACGGAAUCGAAUAAAUUAUAUGUGUGUAUUGUUUUUGGUAAUGUUAACAUCUAAUAUAUUUUUUUUAAUCCCAUUUUGUUA